GUAUGAAAACCCUUCUGCUUCUCGCCUUCUUCGUCGGGGUGACCUGUGGAGAAGAGAUCAAGGAUUUGCCAGGAUUGGACUUUGAGCCGAAUUUCAAGCAUUAUUCCGGAUUCUUCCAAGUUUCGGAUAACCAUGUGCUUCAUUAUUGGUUCGUCGAAUCCCAAAACGAGCCAUCCAACGACCCACUGAUCUUCUGGUUCAACGGAGGACCAGGAUGCUCUUCCUUGGACGGACUUCUCAAUGAAAUGGGACCAUAUGUUGCCAAUGAAGAUGGAAAGACUCUUCGUGAAAACGAGUACUCAUGGAACAAAAUGGCUUCAGUUGUCUAUAUUGAGUCUCCAGCUGGAGUUGGUUACUCGUAUGCCACUGAUGGAAACAUCACAACCAACGAUGAUUUGACUUCUCUUGAGAACUACGAAGCUGUCAAACAAUUCUUCACUGAAUUCCCACAAUUCCGUCAUCAUCAGACAUUCAUUAUGGGAGAGUCUUAUGGAGGAGUUUAUGUUCCAACUCUUACCGCAAGAAUUGUUGAUGGACAAAAGGACUUCCCAAUUAACUUGAAAGGAAUGGCACUUGGAAAUGGAUAUGUUAAUGAGAAGCUUAACAUUGAUACCUCUGUCAGAUUUGCUUAUGGACACGGACUUAUUGAUGAGAAGAUCUGGAAUACUCUUGAGAGAGAUUGCUGCAGAGGAUGCAUUGAUUCAUGUGAUUUGACUCAAGUCACCGGACACUGUGCAACUCUCGUUGAGGACAUCUUCCAAUUCUUGUGGUUCGGAGGAUUGAAUCCAUAUGAUUUGUACAGAGAUUGUGAUCCAAAUCCAUCAGUGAACAGCAAGAGAAUGAAGCACAUGUUGAGAGGAGUUGCUCCAGCAAUGGCCCAUUUUGAUGAGCUCUUGAAAAAUCAAACAAAGACUUCCCUUUAUCAAUUUUUGAAAAACAAAUCUCAAUCCCAAAAGCCACUUAAGGCUGAUGUUCCAUGCCUCAACGAUACUGAGAUGCUCUCCUAUAUGAACAAUCCAAAGGUUCGUAAGGCAAUCCACAUUCCAUUCAAUCUUGGAAAAUGGGAUAUCUGCAGUGACAAGGUGACUACUACCUACCAGAAGCAGUACACCGAUAUGACUCCAUUCAUCAAGAAGAUCGUCAAGAACCACGUCAGAGUUCUUUUGUACUAUGGAGAUACUGAUAUGGCCUGCAACUUUAUGAUGGGACAGCAAUUCUCUGAUCAACUUGGACUUCGUAGAACACUUAAAAAGACUCCAUGGAAGUAUGAUAGACAAAUCGCCGGAUUCAAGACACUUUUCGAUGGGCUCAGUUUCAUCACUAUUCGCGGAGCUGGACAUAUGGCUCCACAAUGGAGAGCUCCACAAAUGUACUACGCCGUUCAACAGUUCCUGAAUAAUCAUCCACUUUAAAUUUGGAGAACAAAUAAUAUUUUUAUCUUCUUAUUUAUUUUUCAAUCUAUUGGUCAAUUUUCCAAGUUUUGAAUAAUGAAAUUUGAUUUU